UUCAAGUCUAUCAUUAGCACCAACAAACACAGCAAACAAAGUUGUGACAUAUAACCGGCACUCUCGUGUAAUCGUCUUUUCAGAAUAUAUCUUCGAGCAAACAAAAUGGACAAAGCAACAGGUCGAUUCAAUUUACGAGCGAGAAAAUCGUUGAAAUUGACAGGUCAAAUCGAAUGCAUUUCAUGUAAACGACAUUAUUUUCCAUCGAGUUUUUCGGAGGAUGAUGAAGAUACCGAACAAAAAGAAAACCUUUGUUGCAAUUGUGAGAACGAAAUGCGAAAGGUACCACAGCCAAAAAAACGUACACCACGCACCUCAAUCAAAGUGGAAAAAAUAGAUGCCGACUUCAACAUCGCUAGAACGAGCUCCAAUGUAUCCCAUGAUCAACACCAGAACUAUGGACAGACGACAAAUACUCAAAUCUCUAAGAACAAUAUGGUGCAAAUUCAUUCUAUAGAUCUGAUUCAGCAACAUCCAACAAUUAAAUCAAGUCCCAACGCUUUCAAACAGACUAAUCUCAAACAAGAAAAAUUGAACGCCACAGACGAGGCUGCAAUGAUGAUCGCUGAGGCAAAUCGAUCAAAUGAAAACCAAAUCAACAAAAUGGAAGCCUGUGAGGGACCAGAAUUCGAAAAGGAAAACGAGUAUGCCGUUCUGACGAAUGAGAUAACAAAAAAUGAUACAGUGGAAUCAUUGAAAAUAAAAUUUCCAAACGUCAACCCUUUUGAAUUCGAAUUCUUAUUAUUCUUAAAGGCGCAAAAAUCAACUGAAUGAUUCAAAACAUACAUUUUAAAUUGAACUACCUAAAUUGAAAUUUCCUACAAUGGAAAGCAAUUAAUAAAAAAAAUUAUAUUGAUAAAACAACAAGUGAUUUUUUCAUAUAAUAAUGUAAAAUAUGGAUUUAGAAGUCCAAUCAAAUCAAAACAGCAAUACAAACCUUCGAAUGAUCCAUUUUUGCUUAUGUUAUUAGAAUAAUGAAAAAUGUAAUUCUUCAAAGUGUUUCAAAUUUCCGUACUACUGGAUAUGCAAAGUAAGCAACAUUUCAACUAGAAGAAAUAUUCAAAAAACGUAGUGUGUUUUCGGUGUGU